CGUGGUGUGUGGGGGGGACAACACACAGCUUCUGUUCAGGGGCAGACUGCUACUUCCUUUUGCUGGACGUGCGCUUUGCACAGCUGUUUGGCUGUUAACCAGCUGCGAGUACUGGGUACGCAAACUCGAAGAUGGGACUUAAACCAAGAAAAUCGUCGUCAAAAAAUCCACCAAUCUUUAGUCAUGAAUUUUUCAUUCAAAAUCACGCAGAUAUUGUAUCUUGCGUUGCAAUGGUGUUCAUUAUUGGUCUUAUGAUACAGGUGACAUCACCGUUUGCAUAUAUGUUCAUUGCUGUUCAUCAUAAUGUAACGCAGGAGACCGAAACCCCACCUGGUGAAAUACCUGUGGUGCAUUAUACAUAUGGCUUGAAAGAUUUGUGUGCUGUUUUCUUUUACUUCCUUAUCUGCAUUGUAAUGCAUGCUAUAAUUCAAGAAUAUGUACUGGACAAAAUAAGCCGCAAAUUACACCUGUCUAAAGUGAAACACAGGGAAUUCAAUGAGUCAGGGCAAUUGAUAAUAUUCUAUCUCCUCUCAGUGCUGUGGGGUGGAGAUGUGAUAUUCAGGGAGGAGUAUUUCAUGAAUAUAUCCUUGCUGUGGGAUGGAUACCCACACAACACGAUGAUAUUCAUGUUCAAGUUUUUUUACAUUAUACAACUUUCCUACUGGCUCCACUGUUUUCCAGAGCUAUACUUGCAAAAAACAAAAAGAGAAGAUAUGCCAGCCCGUAUUAGACUGGCAAGCAUUUCUCUUGUUUACAUUCUUGCAGCAUACUUACUAAACUUCUCUCGUGUUGGAAUUUGUCUGUUAGUUCUACAUUACAGUUCUGAGGGCAUGUCACAUGCUGCCAAACUCUUGCAUUUCAUUGACAAAAGUGAAAAUGACAACACAGUUGGUUUCAUGGUUGCAAAUGUGAUGUUUGUUAUUGUGAGACUGGGUUCCAUAAUUUUAUCGGUCCUGACGUUUUGGUAUGGCCUGGCACUCAGUGACAAUCAAGGACUCGAUAUUGCGACAGGAAAUUUCAACAUACCAGUGAUUAGGAUAGCAGCAUUGGUAGCAGUUUGCACGCUACAGGCCUGGUUGAUGUGGAACUUCAUCACACAGCAGCUGAAGAAGCUGCGAGAACAGGCUGCACUGCAGGCCCCUGCACGAAAACCCAAGCAGGACAAGCGAGCUGCCAGCAAGAAGAAGAAGGAGGAGCACAAACGCAAAGAGGAAGAUGAUGAACUGCCAGAAGUGGAUCAAAAUACUAAGAAGUCACUGCGAUCCAGAGCUACUGCAGUGAAGUCCAAAUGAUACAGACACCGUGGUAGAGAUAAAUCAUGAACAUCACAUUCCAUCUUGUUGAUAGCAGAAGUUUGCACACAUUUCCAUACCAUCAUACGUCUUCAUUUGGUUGUCAGUGAGAGUUUGCACAGUUUGUGAAAGUUAACAGGUUAAAAAAAAAAAAAAAAAAAACAA